AUGUCUUCCAUCUCUAUCAGACUCCCGAAUGUCUAUGAUGGCGCAGGAGCCAACUCCACCCCUUCGAACGACUUUAUAACCGGGACAUGGCACGUAACCCACUCCAGCCUUUCCCUGUGGAAAGGCAAGCGCAAUGUCAACAUCACUUACAAGCUCCUUCCCACAGACUCGGCCGGGGUACAAAAGAUCGACGACCUGGUACAAUACCAAGCUAUCAAUUCCGAAAAAAUCAAAUCUGUCCAUGGGGUGGACACCCCAACGCCAGGCAAUCCCGGCGCCUGGGAUUGGCGAGGCAAAGGUUGGCUGAUGAUCGCGAGCUCACACUGGGAGUGUCUCGGGUUCGGUCAUGCAGACGAUGAUAAUCAGUGGAUUGUUACGUUCUUUGAGAAAACACUGUUCACGCCUGCUGGCAUUGAUAUUUACUCGAGGAACAAAAGAGGCCUUCCGCAGACUAUUGUCGAUCAGAUACUCAGUGCUCUUCAGGGGCUUGGGGUCGAUGAUCUUUCCGACCUCGCGAAUGGCGUCUUUCAGAUUCCUCAGAACUAG